CAUUCUUUUGGACAAAACUUUAGAUGCUAAAGAUGAAGAACUUGAUCAGCCAGUGGACUCAACAGUGUCAAGACCUUUGCAUAUUGUUUGGGCUCACAGAUGGGAACAUGACAAAGGUCCUGAGUUGUUCUUUCGCACCCUGUAUCAGUUGGCUGAGCAAGGAUUGGAUUUCAAGGUUUCUGUAUUAGGAGAAACAUUCUCUGAAGCUCCAGGUAUUUUUGAGGAAGCUUGUAGACGAAUCCAUGAUCAUAUCCUUCACUGGGGUUAUCAGGAAUCUCGCAAGGUAUAUAUCUCCAUACUGAAGGCUGCUGAUGUAGCAGUGUCCACUGCAGAGCAUGAAUUUUUCGGUGUAUCAAUGUAAGUUUUUAUGAAUUGAAUAUGUUGUUGUAGUUGUCGUUGUUUUUUUGAGACUAACUGUAAUUUAAGCAAGGUUAAACCCAAAUCAAUUCAGGGCUUUCACUGACGUGAUGUGGAGAAGCUCCAGGGAGGUUUGAAAAGGGAUUGCCAUGUGCUUUUUUUCAAGUUGCUGAGCUACUUUGCUUGCUCUA